AUGUGGCCCUGGAAACCGGGGCUAUUUGAUUAUGAACGACGGCAAAAGGUUAUGGCGAUGGAGGACGUCCUGGACGUUGGUGCGAGGGGACCAAUGAGCUCGGGGCUGGAAGACGAGCUGACGAAGAGGACGGCUGAUGGGGGGAUCGAAACGCAAAAGUAUGAUUCUGAGAGAGGGUGGCCAGAUAUUUGUGAAAAGGCGAACAAUUCAGUCACUGGGACAUACUUCCCCGACCACCAACUCGGCCAGGCAGUCGGAAGUACAGUCACUGGCUCAGCUGGAUUACCCAUUUGUCAUAACUACCAAACGGAGGCAGAAACCGGGGACCGAAGGACAUGGAGCUUGCCGGCGGCAUUCAAUUCGGCCUGGCCAGGACCAGUACAAGUGGCGACUCAUGAUGCUGGUGCCCAAAACUCGGUUGCGGGCACAAUACGAAUGGCUAGUUAG